AGUGCCCAUACGCGCUUUUUGUAAAACAAAAUACGAAUACCUGUGUACAAAAAUAGUUGGAAACAAGUGAAAAUUGACGUGACAACAUCGAGUUAUGUGCUCAUAGGGAUAGAUAAAUAAGAUGACAACGAUAUGUAGUGCCAAAUCCCAAAUGAGAAGACUUAGUGACUGUGAUAAGUGAGUGUAGUAAUCAACGCCAACAUGGAAGGCGUUAGAGUGACGCACCAAGGUGUUCGGGCCCAUUCAGCCGAGGGUUCAGCCGGCCGCAUCACCCAGGCCGGUCUGGCCGCGCGGAGUCCUGAGGGAACUGCUGCUAAAGGAAUGGCCAUUAAAGGGCAUGAAGAUUUAUGGGUCGAAAUCCAAGCCAAUACUUUUAGGAACUGGGUAAAUGAAACGCUGAAACCGAUGGAUAUAAAGGUCGUGGACUUAGUGGAAGAUUUAAGAGAUGGCACUGUGUUGUGUUCACUUGUAGAGGCGUUGCAAGGCCGUAGAUUGAAAGGUUGGAGCACCAAUCCCAACAACCAACACCACAAGUUAGAAAAUGUCACCACAGCACUCCAGGCCAUUGAAGACGACGGCGUAAAACUAGUUAAUAUUGGUAACGUGGACAUCGUGAACGGCAACCUUAAACUCAUAUUAGGAUUAAUUUGGUCGCUAAUCGUUCGAUACCAAAUCGGUAGAAGUAAAUUCCCUCCGAGAAAACUAAUGUUGUCAUGGCUACAAUCUGCUCUGCCAGAAUGCCGUGUCAACAAUCUAACCACCGAUUGGAACAGUGGUGUACUGCUGUCAGCACUACUGGACUAUUGUAAGCCUGGUGUGUUCCCUCACUGGCGGGAGCUGAAUCGUCAUGAAGCCGUAGAGAAUUGCCGCCGAGCUAUGAAAUUGGCUCACCGAGAAUUUGAUGUCCCGAUGGUAUUGGAACCGGAAUACCUUGCCUCGCCAUGGCUGGAUGAGCUUUCUGGCAUGACUUAUCUUUCAUACUUCAUGAAACCUGGUUCUGCUGGCUAUCGAACCACCUUAGACUUCGUCAACUCGCGGAUUGAAAGGGGUAUAACGAACUUCACGACUGAUUGGAAUGAUGGGCGAGUGGCGAAUGAACUGGUUAGAUCUAUGGGUGGACCUGCGCUGCCGCCGAACAGAUUGAGACGUGAUCCCGCUCGGUGGGAAGAAAACAACCAGCAAGCUAUUGAUGCAGCUAAGAAAAUAGGAGUACAACCAGUAUUAUCUGCUAAGGAUAUGAGUCAGAAUGAAACCGAACACUUGGGAGUAAUGACGUGGGCUACUCAAUUCCGAAAUGUAUCACCAAGACCACCGGUGCAUGAUAUGCUACGAGUUGCUCUCGAUUCUACAUCUGGGAGAGUUGGAGAAGAGACAUACAUAAGGGUCGAGUCCAUAUCGAACGAGCUCUCAAUAACGGACGUAAAAGUGUCGAUCGUUAACCCGUUAGAACAAGAGUCUCGAUUGAAAUUGAACCCCCGAGGGGCUGGAGAGUUCGUGCCGGAGCACGCCGGCAUGCACGAGAUAGUACUCACUGUUGAUGACAUUAGAGUGGAUGGUAGAUAUUUCUUUAGAGUGCUACCAAGGCUGGUCAUGGUUCCACCGCCGGGUAUGGCGCCCUGUGCCGCUGGGAGCAUCGUGGAAGUUCUAGUCAGUGCUACUGGAGCACCAAGGAGGGAGGACAUUGAUGUAACAGCCCACUCCCCGAGUGGCCGCGCUGUACCACUGCAGGCCAGACAUCCACCGCCUUCAGCACCAGGCACCACCGCCUCCAGUGCCACCUUCCAACCUGACGAAGCUGGAGUAUGGACGAUAGCGAUCACUUACAAAGGCGAGCAUAUACAGGGUGGUCCAUUCACCUGCGAAGUAUUCGAUCCAGCUGGAGUCCGUCUCAGUUCUGGUGCGUUAGAAGGCGCUGAACCACUCAAACCCCACUCGUUUGAGCUGGACACCAGUGGAUGUGGUGUGAAGGGCGAUCUGCAGUUAGAUAUAGUCCACGACAAAUACAGUGUCAUGUGUGCUCUUGAGAAACUCUCAGCAACAAAAUACCGUGCUACCUUCAUGCCGAAAGCAGCUGGAAAACAUAGACUGUAUAUUUACUUUAAUGGAUAUGAUGUACACGGAUCGCCUCAUAUGUUCCGUGUUGGUUCACGCUCAAAGAAACCCCGUGAUAGUUCUAGUCCUUCCCCUGCUUACGCGAGGAUAUCUAGUCCAGUCACUCGAUUGAGAUCGGAAAGUCCAAUGAACCAUUACAAUUUAUAUGACGCAAAUGCGACGAAGCACAAUACCAGCUCGAUAGAACGUCGUGAGGAGCGACGUGACUCUACCGAUUAUUACAAAUCUUCGUUUAGCUCAGAUACCAAAGAGAAGAGCUAUGACGUCACUGAUUCUGCAUACUCCACAUCUAGAGCUAAUAAAAUAGAUAACUUUACAUCUAGAUACGGUUCUGAAAGUCCUAGAAAUAGAACAGCAAGUCCAAUAACGACGAAACACCUAGGAAAUGGAUCCAGGCUUGAUUUGAAUAGAUCUACAAGCCCUUACAGAGCCGGCAGUCCGUAUAGAGCGACAAGUCCCAUUGGACGAACAACGAGCCCAUUAGCAAGAAGGGACAGUCCUUUAAGUCCACUGAAUCGGACUGCAAGUCCAAUUAACAGGGUGAACAGUCCUACGGGUGUGAUCAGUAACGAGCCUCUCUACAGCCCAGUGACGACGACUAAGCGAGUUGUUGAAAAGCGUUCCAAUUAUAAGAUGUACAGCUCUUACAGUGGAUCCCAAGAUAAUCUAGAUCAAGGGAGUCCAUAUUCAUCAUUGGAAACUGAUUAUGUGAGAAGACUUGGCAGCCCUAAUACGGGGGACCCUGGAGGAAAACCUUAUAUCAAUAGAAAGGACUCCUGGGAUUCUGUUGAGAAGACAAGACAAAUGAUGAGUGCCAAUAGCUUGGAACCCAGUAAUCCGGACCGCUAUGGACAGAGCACGCUGGAUCGGGAGACGAAACGCAACACACAACUAAAUAAAUUCAGUGAUUUUUCACGCGAUUCUUUCAACCGACAACUGGACCGACUGGCGGACGACCGGGACUCUGAAACGUACUCUAGCCGUCAAGAGUUCAAACGUGAAGUACGGGAGAGCUCAUCAUACGUUGUACGUGACUCGUCGUAUAGCAGCGUCGAGGACCGUCAACAACAACAACCACAGCAGUCUUUUUUAUCCAAUAGGCCCCCCCGCGACCCGAACGGGGGGGCCCGAACUGAAACGGACGCCGCUCACGCACGUUUCAGAUCAAUUCAAAGGGAUAACAAUAGAGGUGCCAAAGGAGUAGUCGUAAAACCGAGUUACGGAGGUGUGGUGGGACAACCUGUUGAAUUUAUAGUGGACUGCAGUAGUGCAGGCCCAGGACAUUUAGAGCUGGAGGUAUCAGGCGGCAACGGUACACUGGUUGCGAGUUCCGUCCGUCCUUUGGGAGGAAAUAGAUACGCAGCAUCAUUCACGCCCAAAUUACAACGUCCACACGCCGUCCGCGUCACAUUCAAUGAAGAACAUGUAUCUGGAUCCCCGUGGAAGGUCGAGGUAAUGGCAGGGCCGGCGGGCGGUGGCGGUGGGGAGCCCACGAAAUUAAUCCCCGCCCGAGUGCCAGCCGUCUUCGAAAUCUGUACCUCCCCGGGAACAGCUACGUUUAACAAAAAUGAGGUUAGUGUCACCGUGACAGCACCGUCUCGGCGGCCUGUGACGGCUCGAGUUCUGGACGUGGCUGAACGACCUGGAGUCUACCGCAUUGAGUUCACACCCGAAGAAGUCGGUACACAUCUUAUCGAUGUUUCAAUUGCUGAUGACAAAGUAGCUGUGGGUCCACUGGUAGCGAAAGUGUACGAUGCCAGUCUCAUCAAAGUGACAGAUGUCGGUAACGCUAUAGUCGGGCAGCAGUGCCAAUUUAAAGUUGAUGCAAGUGCGGCAGGAGAAGGACAAUUGGAAAUUUCUAUAAACGAGGGUGAAGUUCCCAAUCAUGUACAGGUAGUAGGUGGUGGACGUUGUCUAGUAUUUUGGAAGCCAGAAACACCAACGCCUCAUAGAGUAGAUAUAAAAUUUAAUGGAGAGCCAGUUCCCUCGUCACCAUUCGUAUUUCAUGUCACGGCAGCUCACAGAGUCACUAUAGAUACAUCACAAAUUGAACUAAUACCUGUUGGAGAGUCCGCAUCAUGCUCAGUGCGAGUGGAAGGCUCAACUGGUGGAGAGCUAACGGUGACAGUCCGUGGUCCCCGAGGCGAGGUUCCCGUGAGGCUGACCGGGGAUGUAAUCUCUGGACUUGUUGCCAACUUUGUACCCAGGGCUGUUGGGCCACAUACACUCACAGCACAUUAUAAUAGUCAACCCAUACCAGGCACACCAUUUGUGUGCAAGGCAUAUGAUGGAAAAUUAGUCAGUGUGACGGGUGGCUCAUCAGCCCGUGUGGGUGUCCCAGUACAACUUGCAGUGGAUGCAGCUCAAGCUGGAGAGGGAAACCUUGAAAUCACAGUCGCUGCUCAUGGACUGAAUAUACCCACACAAGUACACCCACAGGGCAAUGCUAGAUUUACAGUAUCAUUCACACCAACAGAAGCUUGCGACCAUGUUGUCAAUGUGUCUUUUAAUAAGAUGCGUGUACCGGGCUGCCCGCUCGUGAUCGUGGUGUCAGAGGGUAGCGGUGGCGGAGCCCGCGUGACUUUACCCGGUCCCGCGCCACUACACCAACCCGCCGCGCUCACGCUUCAUCACCCUACCGCCACACUCGAUCAGAUCGAAGUCAACGUCGAGGGUCCGAACGGAGCGUCUGUGCCGGCCGCGGUGUCAUCGGCGGGUGUCGGUGUAUUCCGUGCAGAGUUCGUGCCACGAGCAGUUGGCGAACACCGCCUCAAUGUGCUUGUCGAUUCAGCACCUAUACCUGCCAGUCCUUUCCAUUUAAAAGUAUACGAUGUCAAUGCAAUAAGAGUUAAGGAUGUUGCGCAUGGGACUGUCGGAAAACCUGUAACCUUUUUAGUGGAGACGAUGGCAGCCGGUCCCGGCAAUCUGGAGGUGACUGUAAACGGUGGUCGAGUACCAACAGCUGCGGCCGCGCAGGGCGCUCACACAUAUGCCAUCAGCUUCACUCCAAAGGACCCUCGCCCACACACCGUCGAACUACGUUUCAACGGAGAUCACGUACCAGGUAGCCCGUUUAUAUGUCAUGUAUCGGCGCCGGCGCGUGUAAUUGGCGCUGGCUCGGGCGAGUCUCCUGACAAGGUGUCAGUGGGCGAUGCAUAUAAAUUCAACGUCGAUUCACCCACUUCGCCGCAUGUCGAGGUGCUGGGUCCCGCCAGGCGACCAGUCCCUGUACAAGUUUCCGCAGAAGAAACUAUUGGUGAAAACGAAGCAAGCAAACGUUAUACGAUCUCAUUUGUUCCGGUUGAUGUGGGAGAUCACAGUAUAGAGGUUCGAGCGGGUACAACAGGUGGACACGUGGAAGGCAGCCCGUUCCUGGUGAAAGCGUACAGCGCGGCGCGUGUAUCCGUCACCGAUAUAUCUCCCGGGCUCGUCGGUCGUCCGGUGUCAUUCACCAUUAAUGCCUCACAUGCCGGUGCCGGAAAUUUAGAAAUAAUAGUAGCUGUGAAUGGAAGAAAUGUGCCAAAUUAUGUUCAAAGUGAAGGAAACGCCAGAUUCAAGGUGAACUUCAAACCUGUGGAGGCGGCGCUGCACACGCUGUCGGUGCGGUUCAACGGGCACGCGGUGCCGGGCUCGCCCUUCACGUGCGCGGUGUCGGCGCCCGCGCACGCGGCCGAUGCACGAGCUUCCGGCCCCGGCCUCACUUCUGCACCGCGCGCCUCUCCUGCAGACCUUCACCUUACGGGAUUCCACACGGGCGAGCCAGCGGUAUUUGUAACUGGUCCGGGCGGAAGCAGCGUGCGCAGUCGGCUGACGGCGCUAGGAGAGGGCCGCUUCACGGCCACAUACACGCCGGAAGCUGUCGGACGACACACCGUGCAGGUCACCUGCGCCGGCCGCCACGUGCCCGGGUCACCCUUCACUUGCAACGUCUACGAUGUAAAGAGGGUUAGGGUCACUGGAUUGGGACCUGGAGAACUAGAAGGCACAUUGGAAGGACUUAGCUUAGAUGAUGGUGUAGAUGAGGAGCGAGGAGUGGAAGUUGGCAAGCCUGUGACGUUCAGUGUGGACGCGGCCGGAGCCGGCGAGGGCACGCUCGAGCUGGUUGUCUCCACACCAUCUACAACCGUUAAGGCUGAGGUAGUGGCGGUGGCUCGCGGUCUGUACGACGUGACGUUCGUGCCCGUGUCACGUGAACCGCACCGUGUCUCUGUCACGUUCAACGAGCAAGCGGUGCCCGGCAGCCCUUUCGUCUGCCGUGUUAGCGAGCCUCACACAUAUGUGCAGAUUGGUGGCGUAGCGACUGUAGAAAUAGACGAGACUCUCCCCGACAUUGAAGUACUAUCACCAACCGGGACGCGAAUAAACGAGGCCCGUAUAGAAGACACCGGCCUGCUAACAUUCCCUGCGAGUCGUGUCGGUAGAUAUGUAAUCAGAAGCUCGAGAGGACCCAUCGCAGAAGUGGAGGCGAUAGACGCCGCUGCUGUUAAAGUGCUGUCAAUCGGCGACGCUGUUGCACACCGUCCGGCGAUAUUGACUGUGAGCAGCGCGGGCGCGGGCGCGGGCCGCGUGUCAGCGCGCGUGACGUGCGCGGGACAGAGCGUGCCGCACUCGGUGCGACGGCGCGGCGGCUCGCGGUGCGAGCUCGUGUGGCACCCCGCGCGCGCAGCCCCUCAUCGCCUCUCGCUCUACUGGAGCGGAGUCCCGCUCGCACGACAACCGCUCCUCGUCGACGUGCUGCCCGCGCACCACGCGCAAGAGGUAUCAGCUUCAGGUCUAGGCCUUUACCAGGCCCAAGUAGGUCGUGUAGCGUCAUUCAGUAUCGACACGCUGGGCCGGCCGGCGCGAGAGUUCGACGUGGUGGUCUCAGGCCCUGGAUCCAGAGCCCUACCUGUCCGCUGCUAUCAGACUAAAUCCGGCUUGUUGCAAGCAGAGUACACCAUUACAGAAGUGGGACAAAGUACUAUUGAAGUAUUACAUCUUUCGAAGCCCGUCUCUGGUAGCCCGUACACGUGCGAAUCUUUUGAUCCUCAUAGAGUUAUACUGUCUGGUUUGCCUUCUGGUAACAUCAUUGCACAUACGCCUAUAAAUUUCACAGUGGAAACAAAAGACGCUGGUGUGGGCGAACUGGAAGUAGUAUGCGAGGCGACAGGAGAACGUCGUAUUCGCGUACCGGUGGACGUGCGCGAAGAUGGCCGCACGCAUCGCAUCAGGCUUCGGCCGUAUCUACCCGCACACUACCGCAUCUAUAUCACGUAUGGCGGUGCGAGCGUCCCGGGCAGCCCCGUGUCGCUGGGCGUGCUGGGGGCGGGCGCGGGGGGAGCGGCGGGCGCGCGCUGCGCCGGCACCGGGCUCGCACACGCACACGUCGGCAAGGAGGCCGCCUUCACCAUACACUGCGCAGACGACACGCCGCCCACCGUACAGGUUGAAAGGUUAACGGAGGGCAAUGAAGACAACACAGAGUCCGGACUAUUAGAGUGUCGCGUGGUUAGCGGCGCGCCUCGCGAGUGGCUCUGCGCGUACAUACCGCUCGUGGUGGGGCUGUACGAAGUACGAAUAUUCACCGCCUCAGGACCUCUCCCCGGAAGUCCGUUCUCCGUAAAAGUAAUAGACACCUCGGCCAUAAUGCCCGUUGGUGGGUGGGGUGCAGAUAACUCUGGCCGCAUCCGAGCGCCCUCCAAACUAAUUUUGGAUACUAGCAAUGCUGGACCGGGCACACUGGAAUGCUUACUUGGUGGUAGACAUCAACGCGUGGAGACGGUAUCUGGGCGCGCAGUGGUGACGCUAGCCGGCGCGGAGGGCGCGGGCGGCGAACAAGAGGUGGAGCUGACAUACAACGGCGCGCUAGUGGGCGGGGCGCCGCGCCGGGCCCUGCUGGCUGCGGGCGGCGCCGCCGACCGCGUCACGCUCGCCGGCCGAGGCCUUGCGCACGCAGCACCCCACACGCCCGCAGUCUUCACCGUCGACGGCAGCGCAGCUGGUCCGGGAGCUCCCGAGGCAUCGCUAACAUCACCUGAGGGGGAGAACAUACCGGUGGCACUAGCGGCGGCUGGCCCUGGAUUGUGGAGAGCCACCUACACGCCACGCCGCGCUGGCGAUCACCAGCUACGGGUGCUGUGGGCUGGUAGACUCGUCAAAGGUUGUCCGUUAAGCGUCAACGUAUCAGCUGGGUCGGAGAGCGGAGACGCGGGGCGGGUGGUGUGCUCGGGCGCGGGGCUGGCGUCGGGCGUGGUGGGUCGCGAGAUCCGUUCCUGGAUCGACACGCGCCGCGCCGGCCCCGGGGAACUUACCGCGCACUGCACCGGGCCCAACAAGGUGGCAUAUUGCGAAUUGUAUGAACACGGCGACGGUACCUUCACACUGAACGUCAAGCCCGCAGAACCUGGUCGUCAUAUGCUCAGUAUACAAUUCGCGGGAGAGCAUGUGCCCGGCUCGCCGUUCGUACUCAAAGUUGCUGGGGCACCUGACCCCUCAAAGGUGCGCGUGUGCGGGCCGGGCGUGGAGCCGGGCGUGCUGGCGACGUUCCAGUCGCGAUUCUUCUGCGACACGCGCGGCGCCGGCGCCGGACAGCUCACAGUGCGCGUGCGCGGGCCCAAGGGAGCCUUCCGCGUUGAGAUGCAGCGCGAGAACCAGAAGGACCGCACCAUACUUUGCAAGUUUUCGCCAACCGAGCCCGGCGAUUACCGCGUAGAAGUUCGAUGGGCGGGUCGCCAUGUGCCAGGUUCACCGUUCCCGGUUAUGAUCUUCGACACUCAAGAAGAGCUCCGCCGAUAUCUACAAGCGACCGCUGCCUGACAAUAAUGUAACACUAGUACCAAGUCAAACUAGCCGGUGUAUACUGUGAGAUACAAGUAUGCAUGUAAGUAGUAGGUGUUGAAAAUUAAAUUUGU